CACCAGUUUCUUUAUUUUAAUAACUUAAUACCAGAGCCUGGCCAGCUUGGAUCUGGUUCUUUACUUUUUAAGGACAAACGUUUCCUCACUGAGGGAAUUCCUGAACUCCGGAGAGUGUUGAGAAACCCCCCCCCCUCCCUCCCUUUGCCUUUAUGACUCUGUGUGUUGCAGUGCUGAACCAGACAAGCAGAAACUCUAAACCUCGCAGCAUGCAGUUGCAUUUGUUUCUUAGUUUACCACUGUCUCUCACUUUGCUGUCACCGAUUUGUUGUCAGCAGCGAGUAAACUGCAGGUGGGGGUCAUAUGGACAAUGGUCUGAGUGUGAUGCCUGCACCCGUACAAAGCUACGGACUCGUCAUGUAGAGGUGUACGCUCAGUUUGGUGGGGCGCCAUGUUCAGGAGAAGCGACCGAAACACAAUCAUGCGUCCCACAGAAAACCUGUCCUGUUGAAGCAGGGUGUGGCGGCAGGUUCCGUUGCACCUCUGGUCAGUGUAUCAGCCAAUAUUUGGUUUGUAAUGGAGACCAAGACUGCGAGGAUGUCUUAGAUGAGCAAAGCUGUGGCCAAAGCAGCAGCCAGUACUUGUGUGAUCUCGUCAAAACACCUCCCAACUCGGACCUCACAGGCAAAGGAUAUGACACGCUGACAGGGAAACUGAAAGCAGGUGUGAUUAACACCUUGAGUUUUGGAGGACAGUGCAGGAAGGUUUUCAGUGGGAACCAUAAUGUGAUGUAUCGACUGCCACAGAACAUCCUCAGGUUCAGCUUCGAGGUCCAUGUAGACAAUGAGGAAAGUGAUGAGUCUUAUGAGAGCUCAUGGUCCUACGUUCAGCACAUCCAGUCCAAUGCUUUGAUAGGACAUGACCGCCGCAGCUUCCACAAAGAAGUCUCUGACAACAAG